AUGUCGAGCCGCUUCGUCUCGGGGGGCACUAUUAGCUCCAGCGGCGAAGUCUCCAAAGACGCACCGGCCAGUGGCAGCACCGCUUCUGCAAAGCCCCUCCACGCCGGGGCUAAGACCAAGGAGUGGGAGGCGGUGCAGCAGGAACUCGAAGCGGACCGGCGCCGGCGCGAGGAGCAGCGUGUCAAGGCGGCGUCCGGCGAGGGUGAACGGAGUCUUUUUGAUAUCCUGGAGGCUAAUAAAGCUGCAAAACAAGCUGCCUUUGAAGAGCAAUCGAAGCUGCGCAACCAGUUCCGCGCGCUGGAUGACGACGAGAUUGAUUUUCUCGACGACGUCCGCGCGGCCAAGCGCGCAGAGGAGGAUCGCGUCCGGCGGGAGACGGAAGAAGGCCUGAAGGCGUUCCGAGAGCGGCAGAAGGGGGGAGGCGAGGCACCAGAUGCUGGCGGCGAGGAUGUAGGCGUCGAAGGCGAGGGCGAGUCGUGGGGCGUGGGAAAGAAGAGGAAGCGUGUCAAGGACCGCGAGGUCAAGGGCGUGAGGAGGAGGGUGAGUAAUGGAGAGGCGGAUAUCGAGAAGAAGGCAGCCAAGGAACAGCCCAUUAAGACUGUGGAGAGCGAGGUAAAGAAGCCGGAGGAGGCUACGAAGCCGCCGGAGAGGAAGGCUCUGGGACUGGUGGGAUAUGGAAGCGACUCAGACGACGACGACUAG